AUGGAGACUGAGGUACUCAUUAGAAAAGACCAGCUGGGUGGUUCUCUCCCAGUUGAGAAUGUUCAAGCACUGGCUUCCAAUAACUUGAAGGACAUCCCAAGUCGAUAUCUCAGGCCCGAAGCUGAGUUUGAACAAGUUUCCAUAGAGGAGUCGCUUCAAAUUCCAGUGGUUGAUAUGCGCAAGCUGAUAGAGAAUUCAUCGUUCCGCGAUGAUGAAUUGGCAAAACUUCAUUUGGCUUGUAAGGAAUGGGGCUUCUUUCAGUUGAUCAAUCAUGGGGUAUCAGAUGAAGUGAUUGAGAAAAUGAAGACCGACACAGAAGAGUUCUUCAGGCAGCCAUUAGAAGCAAAGAAGGCUUAUGCAACACAGCCAAAUCAUAUCGAAGGCUACGGCCAAGCCUUUGUUGUUUCGGAAGAGCAAAAACUUGACUGGGGAGACAUGCUCUUCCUUCUCUCUCAACCUGUCCGCCAAAGGACUCUCACAUUCUGGCCCACCCUUCCCACUACUUUCAGGGAGGCAUUGGAUAAAUACUCACAAGAGCUCCAAAAAGUAACAAUCUACCUACUGAAGUCCAUAUCCAGUAACUUAGGAGUCAAUUUAGAGAUGGAAAGAAUGUUUGAUGAUGGAGUACAAGGAGUAAGAAUGAACUACUACCCACCCUGUCCACAGGCAAACAAAGUAAUUGGUCUCACUCCACACUCUGAUGCUGUGGCUUUAACUCUACUACUACAAGUUAACGAAGUUCAAGGACUACAAAUCAGGAAAAAUGGAAAAUGGGUACCUGUAGAACCUAUAGUUGGUGCAUUCAUCGUCAACAUUGGCGACUUCACUGAGAUAAUGAGUAAUGGAGUAUAUAAGAGCAUAGAGCACAGAGCAGUGGUGAACCCAGAGAAGGAACGCCUUUCUAUUGCAGCAUUCCACAGCCCUAAUAUUGGGACCAUGAUUGGCCCUUUACCGGAUCUGGUCAAGGGGAAUGCAGAAAAGUACAAGACUUCAAGCUAUGAUGAGUAUCUUAAACUUGUCGUGACCAGUAAGCUUGAUGGUAAAAGCCUGGUGGACCAAAUGAGAUUGAACCAACUUCAUUGA